AUGUUUUUUCUACACAAGGCCAUUGGAUUGUCUAGCAUUCUAUUCACGACAGUCUCUAGCCAAUAUAUUUCCCUCAACUCUGGUGAUUUGAACGCCAGACUGAAUUCAUCGAGUCAGACACUCGCAUCUUUGACCCCAAAGUCCUUGACAACAUUCGAUUUCUCCCCUUUUGAUCUUCUCUCACAAAGAAACGAAAAUGGCAAUUAUCAUGUUGGCGAUAUUACGCUCAGGUAUCGAUCCGUUGGAACUACUUCAUGGAUCAGUGUCGAUUCCGCUGCAGCCAGAAAUGCGGUGACUUCUACUGGUGCCACUUCCGCAAACCUCGCACCAACCUUACCAUCAGGAAUACCUUUGAACAUGACAAGAGCUUGGUCCGCUAGCGGAGCAGAUAUCAAUCUCACUUUUACUAUAACCAAUAAAGGUAACACCAGUAUCGAAAUCGGAGCACUUGGGUUCCCUAUUGAGUUCAAUAGCAUCUUCACAGAUAGAACAGCAGUAGCUACUCAGCAAAUGUGCUCCCUUGUAGAUCCGAACAUUGGCCUUGAUGGCGGCUAUCUGCGCGUGACACCAUUAUCUGGAACGGAUCCAGCGCUCGUAGUGACACCAUUGGAAAAUACACCCCUCGAAGGAUGGCGGUUUUUGGAAGAAGACCCCGACACCGCACUUUACUAUCAAAGUCAAACAUUUGAAGGGUUCUAUUCUUGGGAAACUUAUACUCUAGCAUAUACUCAGAAUGAAUGGAAUGGAACGAGCCCUUGGAAUCCUGGUACAUCUGUAGUGCUCACAAAAGGCCAAUCGAUUAUCAAGGGAUUGAGGUUUUCUACUUCAAGUAGUAUCAGCAAGAUCGAAACCACUGUAGCAAACACCGGCACUCCUGUUGCUAUUGGGAUACCGGGAUAUAUCAUUCCCCAGGAUCUCACUGCUCAAUUGUUCUUGCAACACAAUUCACCUGUCUCUUCCAUUACAUCAACUCCUGCUGGAGCCUUCACAUUUACCGCUACAGCAACUAAUAAGUACAAUCUUACUCCCAGCUCCUCUGCAUUUGGAAGAGUGCGAGUAACAAUUACAUAUUCUGAUGGUCUUGUACAAGCGGUGAACUAUGCCAUCACCCUCUCAGCACCCUCAGCCAUAUCUACACUAGGCAAAUUUCUAACAACAAACCAAUGGCUUUCCAAUACCAGUGACCCCUUCGGUAGAGCACCAUCUGUUAUCUCAUAUGAUCGCUCAGUUAACGCUCAAGUUCUUCAAGAUCCAAGGGUUUGGAUUGCUGGACUGAGUGAUGAAGCAGGAGCUGGAUCUUGGCUUGCAGCAACCAUGAAACAAGCAAUUUCACCUAAUGCAGCUGAGGUGACAAAAUUGGAACAAUUCAUCACAAAAACGCUAUGGGGUGAUCUCCAAAACUCUGAUUAUAGCGUCAAAACGAGCGUAUUUUACUACCAACCUGAUGCUGUUUCUUACAGUUAUUUAUCCUCAAUCGAUUGGAGCAAUUGGUGGAGUUGGAACAAAGAGGCUGCAUAUGGUACUGGGAGAACCUACGAUUAUGUUCAUGUCACUGCUGCUUAUUGGGCUCUUUAUCGCGUUGCCAGAUUUUAUCCCACUCUCGUCACUCGGCAAACCUGGCAAUGGUAUUUGAAUCAGGCUUAUGAAACCAUUCUUUAUGCUACAGGUCCUAACACGGGAUAUGUCAAUGUAGGGUUAAUGGGCGAGACUGUUUGGGGGUAUGUUCUGCAAGAUUUACAAAAUGAAGGAAAUUCUACUGCAGCGAAUGCAGUUAUAGCUGCGAUGAAAACCAGAGCAGAUUUUUGGGACAGUGAGGCUGUUCCUUUUGGGAGUGAGAUGGCUUGGGACUCUACUGGACAGGAGGGAGUUUAUUAUUGGUCCAACUAUUUCGGCUUGACAAGCACGGUCACGAAGACAAUCAACUCAAUUUUAGGAUACAUGCCCACGGUAAGUCAUUGGGCUUGGAAUGGCAAUGCGAGAAGAUAUUGGGAUUUCAUCUACGGAGGCAAAUUAAUGCGAUUCGAAAGAAUGGGUCAUCACUAUGGCUCCGGUCUAAACGCCCUUCCCUUGCUAUCAUACUUCGAGCAAAAUCCCUCUCAAACAUAUCUGCUCAGAGUCGGAUACGGCGGAACAAACGGUCCAUUAUCUAAUAUCGACCGCGAAGGUUUCGCCUCAGCCGCUUUCCAUACCUGGCCUGAUACCAUGGCUUGGGAUGGAUAUAGUGGGGACUACGGACCGAAUUUCGUAGGGUUGGCACUAGGAUCCGGUGUCUACGUCGUAGAUGAUGCUGGAUUAGGUCUUAUUGCUUUUGGCGGUACCCUCUCCGGCUCAAACACAUCGUGGACUGUAGAGCCCAGAGAUGCGGUAAGGAGGAAAGUAUACAUCGCGCAGCUGGGAUUUAAAUUUGAGGUCGAUGCGGGGGUUAUUGAAAGUGUGGAGUAUGGGGAUGGAAAGGUGCGGGUUAGUAUCGUGCAGAGUGUGGAGACGGUGAGUGGGAUGGCGAGGGCGAGUGAGACAAUUUUGAGAGUUACGAAGAUGGCGCAGGUGGGUGAGGUGGGGAAGGCGGUUUUGAAUGGGUUGGAGGGUUUGAGGGGGGGGUGGAAGGUGGAUCUUAGGGGGGGAAGGGUGGUUGUUGCGGUUGAGUUUGAGUAG